AUGGAAGACUUCAUAUUUAAAUUUUCUAGGAAAGGAGUAACAAAUGUGAUGCUAAAUGAGCGUUCCGAGUAUAAUGAAGAAGAGAUUGAUGAUAUUUAUGCAGGAAUUGCUGCGCAGGUUGCACCAAUACCAGUAUCUGCUGCUGAUUUAUUGAUUUGAUAACUCCCCCCUCCGUGAGUGAUCAAAAAAAUUUUGUUCACUCACGGAGACGGAGGUUUUUUUUCAAAAAAUUUAUAUAUAAAUUUUAUAAAAAUUUUUUUUUUGAAAUUUAAAAAAAUCCUAAUUCGCUAAAAUUGGAAAGCAAAUAUUAAUCAAUUUUGCAAAAUUUAUGUUUUAAAAAGCAAUUCGUUUAAAAUUAAACAGAAUUAGCUCUAGAUUUCAUUAUACUAAUUAUCAUUUAUAUAUCAAAAUUUUUUUCCAUAAAAAAUUUUUGUUAAACUCACGGAGGGUGGGUUUUUUGGGCAAAAAAUAGCGAUUUUUCUAAUGGUUUUGUUCACUCACGGAGGGGGAUAAGAAAAGCAGGUUUCAGUUUGGGAUUUUUGAGCUUGACCAAGCUUUAGAGCUGUGUGAAGGAUUAAUAGAAAUACAAGGAAGGGCGAAACAAGGGAAAACUAUGCUCUGCAGGCGAGCUGUUUCGAAUGCGCUAUUAAAGCAAAAUAAGGUGCUAUAUGUAAACAUCUCAAAGUGCAAUUGUGACGCAUUUGCUGAAUCUUUGAAUUAUCAUGAAAAUUUAGUAACUUUACCGUGUUUUGAUAUUAAAUCGCUUAUUUGUAUAUGCUUUGGGUUGAGUCGGGCGAAUCCGUAUGGAUUAGUUGUAAUAGAUGGGAUUUCACCUUUGCUUUUUUCUAUAGAAGACUGAGGCCAAGCUAAUGAGCUGUGCAAAGAGCUGGAAGGGCUUUUGAAAAGGCUAAGUAUUUAUACAGGUAUAAUUGUAACCAGCUCAGUAAAUGAUGAAGGAAAUUUAAUUGCGGCAGGAUAUUGAAAUAAUUCGAUACCAGAGAGCUUAUAUAUAGAAGAAGUUGAUACAAAUGAGUAUGAAUGUAAGCACAUUCAUGAAAAACUAAUUACUAUUAAAUUUAAAAUUUCUUAA